UGUUGUAUCAAUUUUAGUGCUCUUAAAAAAUUAAUCAAUGGCUACAAGAAGGUCAAUUUCGAACCAAUCAUGUUCAUCCUCUAGCAUAAAAAGGAUGGGUAAUUCGAAAAUUCGUUGCAAUUGUGGGAAUGAAGCUUUGAUUAAAACUGUGAGAAAAGGCCCUAAUUUGGGGAUGAAGUUCUACGGCUGCCCUAUGUGGCCAGACACUCAAUGUGAUUUUUUCAAGUGGGUGAAUGAGCAGGCUGAGAUGGAAGAUUAUGAAGUGAAGUUGUUGGAAAAGGAAACCAUAAUUGGUGAGUUACAGGUUGAACAAAAAAUCGCACACGAGAAAAUAAAGAAAUUGCAAUUAAAGAAAGGAAAAUUGGAGGAAGACAUCAUAGGGUUGAAGAAUGAAAUAGUUGCAAUGAAGAUUGAGUUAAUGAAGUGUGGUAGGAAUGAAAAAACGUUGUACUUAGCAUUGUUGUUUUCUUGGUUGUUGUUUGGUGUUGUAAUCUUCCUUUAUUGAUUAAGGAAGAAAUGAGGAUGUAUGUUGAAUGUUUUAUGUGGAAAUAAAAAGCAAUCUGUGUAAUUGAUUAAUGGAUGCUUAAUUGAAUUUUUAAUGAGUAAUGUUUGAUGUUGUA